CCUUCCCCCUUUUUAAAAUCCCCUCGAAACUGUACAAUCGCACAACAAACAAUCGUCAAAUCUUCAUCCUCAAAUCUCCGUACAUGUCAACGAUGAUGCGUUCAGAUCGUAAGCCACCGCUAGCGUUGAGAUCUCCGAUUAGGCUUCGUCCCCGCCGCUCUGCUCAGUCUGUAAACAAUCUUCAAACUUCAUCAGUUUCAUUGACAAAAUCCCAUCAACCCAAACAAUCUUCCAACUCAGAAGAACAACAUGAACUCCGGCCCGAAUACCAAACAAUAUCAUGUGAACUAAAAGAAUUAACAAAGCUAGUUCAAGACAAUCUAUGGGGAUCAGCAACUAAAAACCAAUCUGCAAAUGCUCAUGAUGAGAGUCCUGUAUUCAAAAGGGGAAGGCUCUAUGAUGAAUAUUCCGCAAGAAGAAACGAAAGGUUGAAAAGGAAGAGAGGCGAAUCCGAGAUCGAGAAGACGACUCCAGGCAAACAAUAUCUUGGAGUAAGAAUUGAGUCAGCAAAGAGGUCAACAGAAGUCAAGAAAUUUGAGAGUGGUAGAAAGAUGGCAACUCCAUUGAUGGAGAGGGGACAGGUGGCGGCAGUAACAGCAACGGCACAGAGGUAUUCGUUAAGAAGUAGUUGCAAAGAGAAUAAGAAGCCACCAUUGGCAAUGAGCUUUGAAAGAUCAUCAAUGGAGAAGAAGACUGCAGUGAGAAGGACUGCAAGAAAAGGGUACUGAAAAUGGUUCAUGAUCAUGGUUUGAUUUUGAGUUGCAAACAUUUUGGUGUGUUUCUUUGGUUUGAAAGAAACUCUUGUUAAAAGUCAUAUGGAUUGGUUAUAGGUUUGGUGAUUUGGUGGAUUUUAUGUUUUCUUUAUAUACAAGAACACCAAAAUAAUUUGGUGGUUUGAUUUCCAA